AUGUCGCAGCCUGCAGCAGAACCUCCUCGCAAACGACAACGAGUAACACAGGCCUGCCAUCGGUGUCGGGGCAANAAAUACAAGUGCGACAGCGAACGCCCAGCCUGCUCUACCUGUAGAUCCUCCAAUUCUGAAUGCACUUACGGUACCGUCGCAAAGAGGCGUGGGCUUCAAUCCGGAUACGUCAAAGCAAUCGAAAUUCUCUGGGGGUUGGUCUUCAGGAAGGUCGAGGGUAGCCAACUUGUCGUCAAUGAGCUGCUUGCCAACCUGUCGACCAUUAUUCAGUCGGGCCCAAAUGAGGGCACCGGUGAUGUGCUCGACCGCGCAGAUGAUCUCCUGCUAUUCUGGAGAAAUAGUGGCGUUCCUUCUGCUAUCGAACUGAUGCUAGAUGGUGAGUACGUCAGCAAUCAAAAUGAUGCGUUAGCGGGCCUGGACAGUGAAGUCGAUUUCACCUUAGCAUCUGUUCGAACCUGGUCACUGCCCCAGACCGACAUAUCACAAGGCACGCCGCCACAGGCACCGUCACCCCCGCUGCUGCCACCACAAGCUCCAUCCCCGACAGCAGCUGCGGUCGUACCAGAUGUAUCGUGUCCUUCGGAGGACGUGCUCACAGGUCCUCAAGCUGCUCUAUCACCUCUUCCGCCCGACUGGCACUCUUUGACUCAGGUCUACCUCACCAUCGAACACUCGUGGUUACCGGUUCUCGGACGGCACACGCUUUUCCGAAUAGCGUAUCAAUAUCAAGAUGAUCGUGAUUCCCAAUCCGCCCUUGACGACCGGCAUCGGGGCGAAUAUGCAACUCUAUGGGCAGUCCUUGCGCUGGGCGAGAUUCACUCCAGCAAUGCUGCCUCGUCGAGAGCCGUCCACUUCAGAUCUCUGUCUAGAUAUUAUCUUGAUCAAGACCCGACACGUGACGAUUACGCGAGCUACACUCAGGCAUUGCUACUUUGGUCUGUCAUUCAUCUCGGCUGCAACAAGUUGGUUCUUGCAAGAUCGAUGCUGGCUCAAGCUCUUGUCUUUUGUUCCGCCAUCGGAUCUACAAUGCCGGAGCGACAGCGUGCUCUUGCUCUUUCCGGAUGCUUCGUCAUAGACGCUCUGUUAUCUUUUUCCCUGACUACUCGACCACUAAUGUCGGCAGGCGACCUACCCUUGACUGCUCCGUGUGACGAGACCAGUUCUGAUGAGUGGGAGCCCUAUGUCGAGAGUCCUGGAUCCCAGCAGUACUCCGAUCCAUCUACUCCAGGCACAAGAGCCGUGCCCGUCCGCAUAUCUAGCACGUUCAACAAUCUUGUCAAACUCACUUGCAUCCUGAGCACUGCUAUGCAGCAGCAAACAUCCGAGGUCGACCUUAUAGCUGGUCUUGAAGAUUGGGUUUCCAAUCUACCGCGUCAUCUUUCGAUGACAGCGUCAUUUACCCAACAAACCUCAAUCAAGUAUUUGCCUCCGCACCUUCACCUUCGAGCAUUGUACUCUGCCACGUUAAAUAUCGCCACGUCGAGGAGCUCGCGUACCCGCACGUCAGCCUUUAGGACUGAUCUCCAACAAGCACGAAUGCAAGACGUAGCAGCGAGCAUACUCGGUAUCAGACGCAACUUUGGCGUAGCAGCUAUGCCAGCCUCCGUGGGCGUCUUCAUACCGGUGUUGCUCCCAGACUUGUCCUCCUCUAUCGCCUACGAAUCGAUCAGAGAGCUGAUCGCUGGAUACAGUGCUCUAUGGGGCUGGGAUUCGUUAGCUCCCACUCGGGGCCAAAGCCUCAUAGAAGCAACGUCAACUGCCCAGUCUGGCAGCCACCGACUACUACUUGCGUCACAGGACCCUCUGCAAGCCGCCAUAGCUGACGAGAUGCCACAUGACUUUUCUCCAGAUUAUGGCCUUGAGCCUGGCUUGGGCCAAUCGAGCGCGCAGGCCUUCAUGUCCAAUCAUCUCACGUCAGGACAGCCAGGCUCAGCCGUGAUGGACCUGAACCUGAUGGCAACAUCCGUAGCCGACGAUCCUGCCUCAGUCAAUGAAAGCAUACUUUCCAAUACCCCAACACAGUUACUGGAUUAUUUGGCUCUGCUUCAGGAUAAUGAGAGGUACACGUGUCCAACAUGUUUCUGUGUCGAUUCUUUGCUAACGUGCCCNAGUGCGGGAAACAAUCAGGACUUCAUGCAAUCGCUCGGUUUCUUCAUGGACGAUCUUGAUUAUACCACUACAUAG